GUUGUAUGCUGUGGGAAGUGUUACAGAAUCUGUCUGCCUAGAGCCCUGUACGGGAAUAUGUACUGGUGUGAUCUUUCCACCAGGAUUUCUGCUUGUGUGUUUUUAAUGGAUGUUUCAGUCCCAUCCCUUGAGUUGUUUCUCCAAUUGGCCACACAUGGAGCUGUAGGCUGACGUCAGUGGGUCUUUUGCUAUUUCUGUGGAAGCCGGAUCCACCGUGGGGGAGAAGUAAGGGUUUUUCUCUCUGGGUUGCAGUCCGACAGUGUGAACACCCAGCGGUGCCUGGCUUCUCACUACAGCUCCUCACAGUCAAUCCGCUUCAGCACAGUGCGAAGCUCGAGGUGUUUGGUUGAAGAUCCUCCAGUUUAAGGGGACCCACAGACCUCAGACUAUGAGGAAAGCAUCAAAGACAACAGAUUCCAGCAAACUGAGUCCUCUGAGACCAAAGAGAAUGCAUUCUGGGAGAGCAUUCAAAAUUCCAAACUGCCUGAAUUUGUAAAUUCAGAGACCUGGAGCAAGAUGGGGUUGUGGAAACAGAAGUCCAAGGUUGCAGCUGUGAAGAUAAGUGAAGAGAAUUACUAGGAUAUUGGUGUUUUGCAUUUUGUGCCCGAAUUUCUGUGACUGUGGGAGACGUGCUGUAAAUUCGUAUUGAACUGGGUUUCUGAUUUUCACCAGUGCUGUUUAAAGGUGUGGACUGGUUCAGAAUUUGAGCACACACCCUGUAAACCUGACUUGUUGGCUCCAUUCUAUAGCAGGUGGAUCAAUGGGAAAGGAGGGAGUCCUCUUCACCAUUAGAAAUCAGAAGUCACAUUCAUACCUAUGUUGUGAAUUGUCCAUUUAGAAAAACCAUAUGGAAAUAAAACCGAACUUCUAUAAAGGGCAGCUAGUGCACAGCACCACCUCUGUGCCCAGACUGAACAUUUUCAAGUUCAAGAUGGGGAAGCAAAACAGCAAACUACGGCCUGAGGUGAUGCAGGAUUUGCUGGACAGCACAGACUUCACAGAGCAUGAAAUCCAAGAGUGGUACAAGGGCUUCCUCAGGGAUUGCCCCAGUGGGAAUUUAUCAAUGGAAGAAUUCAAGAAAAUUUACGGGAACUUCUUUCCCUAUGGGGAUGCUUCCAAAUUUGCUGAGCACGUUUUUCGCACUUUUGAUGCCAAUGGAGAUGGGACAAUAGAUUUCCGAGAAUUUAUCAUUGCACUGAGUGUUACAUCGAGAGGCAAACUCGAGCAGAAACUAAAGUGGGCAUUCAGCAUGUAUGAUCUCGAUGGAAAUGGAUACAUCAGCAAGUCAGAAAUGUUAGAGAUUGUUCAGGCAAUCUAUAAAAUGGUUUCUUCUGUGAUGAAGAUGCCAGAAGAUGAGUCAACACCUGAGAAAAGGACAGAAAAAAUCUUCAGACAGAUGGAUACCAACCGAGAUGGAAAGCUAUCCCUUGAAGAGUUCAUCCGGGGUGCCAAAAGUGAUCCUUCCAUCGUCCGUCUCCUCCAAUGCGAUCCCAGCACUGCCGGGCAAUUCUAAUUCCUAAAUGAAGAAUAUGACAUUUAGUGUGACUGUGUUUCUGCUUCCUGCGAUUACAUCACCAGUGGCUUGGCCACUUGUUCAUGGCUGAACCUGUCAUCUUUUAGCCCUGUUUGCUUUUCAAUUCUGAAUUUGUAAAUGGCUGUUUAAUUAAAAACUGUGUCUGGAAUUCUUACAGAAA